AAUCAUGCUCAGGACUGAGGCAAUUUGGUAUGAUGAGGAGUCAGUCUUGUGGGCAUAUCGAUAGUGAGGACGCGCCGUGUGCUUAUAGAGAGAACAGGCGAUCAUCAGUGGGGGUGAGAACAGCCACGCCACCAGUCCGGCAAGGCGCCAGACCACAGAGUACUGACGGCUCACUGCUUCUCACACAAGGGCACAUUUUGGAGACGCAACAGCCUGGUUUGACGGACAGGUUGCAGAAGAUGGAAAGCGUGUUGGAGCAAAUAAGAAGGCUCGUCGGACAGAACAGCGAUGAAGACCCUGCACGUGGAAGCCCGAAGGUUACAGAAACCGCUCAAGCAUCGUCGUUGCGACCUGAUGUUGUGCGUGACUUGGAGCAAAAGACAGAACAAAGGCAUCUUCCAACACAGAGCCGCAUUACACAAGGCGACGGCUAUGGAAAACCUCCAGCAGGUCCAGCGGGAGGCACCAGACAAGAAAACCAGAGACCCUCCGCUAUUAUGAGUCCACGUAUGGACGUUCCUGAUAUCAGAGGCAAUGAAAUUGUACCUGUGAAUGCUGCUCAGGUAGCAAUGACUCCCAAUGUCAUAAAUGCUAACAGGGAAAACCGGCUGCAGUUGCCGGGGCAAGGCCCUAGAACGUCUGUCCUGGACAAGGAAAGCCAUCCCAUUCUUGCACGGCUGAGAGAGAAAAAUAAGCAGGCUACGACCAUGAAGCCUGAGGAUAUGCAAAUCGUCAGAAAAACGAAAGACCCUGAAGAUAAGGGACAAGACUUUGUUGUUGAUGGUAACACAAAACUGCGUACAUGGAAACCGAAGGUUCCAUUACAAGAGUUGGAAGAGAAGCUGUCUAGAUCUGAGAACAUGGAGGUCCAAAGUCUCGACCUGUCUAGUCAACAACUCAAACAGUUGCCAGAUAAAAUAGAACAGAUGGUUGAUCUUGUUCGCUUGGAUCUCAGUAACAACAAGUUCAGGAAGUUCCCUUCCACGCUCCUGAAGUUGCCUAAGCUUGAGCACUUGAACAUCAGUCGCAACACGUUGAGUUCGUUUCCGAUUGAGACUCGCAUGAUGAGCAGUCUGCGGAACCUGCAGAUGACGAACAUGGCGCUGGAGGAGAUUCCAAGCGAGCUGUGUGAUCUGAGCAAUCUUGAAGUACUGAACAUCCGCGACAACAAUCUCACACGUCUGCCUGAUGACAUAGGAAGGCUGCGCAAGCUGACGUCAUUGCAGUUAUCUUGGAACAAAUUUCAAACUCUGUCGCAAUCGGUGUGUGAGCUUGGUAACCUGGAGGUGCUGUACCUAGACUAUAACCAGCUGAGAGACUUACCCCGGGGCCUGGGGAGGCUGGUGAAGCUACGGGAGCUGUGGCUGUCCAGUAACCAGAUCCAACACCUUCCUGACGAGAUUUGCCUGUUGCUGAACAUUGAAGUUCUCUCGGUCAACAACAACAAGUUGACCGCUUUGCCAGAAAACAUCUGCAGCCUGUCCAAACUGUGGAUGAUGCACGUUCGAAACAACGCCAUCCACCGCCUCCCGGCUGAACUGCACCGCCUCUCCAACCUUCAAGUCAUCGACGUGGCGGGAAACCCUUUGGAGUUCCCGCCAGCUGAGGUCUGCGGCAAGGGGCUUUCCGCCAUCAUGGGCUUCGUGCGGGACCACGCACUUCCGGAAAGUGAGACCGGAUGUGACGGCAUCAUGACGUCAAGUGCGCACUUGCCUCUGAUGAGCUGCACGGUGGCACUUUCGCCAACCGAAUCACCGGAUUUCAUUGAUAUAUAACUGAUAAUUGAGAUGAUUUAACAUCUGACGUGCGCUCAAUAUUACCUGCGUAUAAGAGUGUUGAUUUUGAUACGGCGCCAUGCAAUUAACUAGCUAUAGACCUAGUUGUCAAACUCACUUAAUGUUUGAUCGUAUAUGAAUAAUCGGUUAGCUUAACUCAAAACUGGACAUGUAUACGUGCAAAGUGAGCGAUAGUAAUUUUAGAAUCCCAUUUUAUGAUUGAAGAAGUAGAAUCGAAGGUUGGAAAAGAAACAGAUACGUUAUACACAUGUAUAGACCGUUAUACUAAAUAUUUAUAGGGAUAACGAUAAGGGCGCGCGAUAAUGGUGGUUAUUAUAAUGCUUUUAGACUUCACUUUGCUUUCGUUGAUACGUAUUUAAAGUUCUUUCUACUUAAUGCUUUUGACAAAAGACAAAAAGUGGAAGAGAAAAAGAGAGAGUGAGUAGCACCGACAAUCAUGGUGGCGGUAGAUAGCUAAGAUAGCUCACACCAUAACCAAGUGAAUCAUCGAGAGAGAAGUCUCCAACACGAGAGAAUGGACUUGCCAAAUCGUCUACCGGCCUCUGGUCUUGAGAAUGACUUGCUCAAUUAUUAGUUGCACCUCAUAUUGUGUAAGAAAAUAGUUGACAGUUUUCCAUUAUAUUUCCAUGUUAUAUACUUGUAAAACGAACUUUUGUGUUAUACCACAUUGUAAUCCCAUAGGCUUGAUUGAGUGUACACGCUGAGAUUGUACAUGCUUGGCUUAUAUCCAAUACACUAUUUUAACGA